AUGAUUUGUUCUUUUUACUAAGUAGUGUUUUUACAUAAUAAACAUAUUGAAAAUAAAAAUUUAUUAUAUUAAUCAUUUAGAAAUGGGUAUAUGCUCUGGAAAACAGCAAAAAAUUAGACAAGGCAAACAUCAAUUAAGUGAAAUAAAACGAUUUGCUAAAUAAAACAUUAGAUAGUUUUACAGAUUUGGAAAGGUUUUAGGAUCAGGAAGUUUUGGUACUGUAAAAGUGGGUUACAGUGUCAGAGAUUCAAAAGCAUUUGCAAUAAAGACUAUUCAUAAAGUAAACACGAUGGUCCAAGUAGUAUCGAAUGCGAGAAUAAUUCUACCUUGUACUUAGAGAGUUAGACAUCCUUACACAAUUGGAUCAUCCAAAUAUAAUUAAAGUAUUUGAAGAGUAUGAAGAUGACAUGUAUUAUCACUUUGUAAUGGAAUAUUGUAGUGGAGGAGAAUUGUUAGAAAGAAUAGUGGAGUAAGGUAUUUUAAAUAAAAUUAUUAUCAAUUAUAGGUAAUAUUGGAGAAUCUGAAUCUAAAGAGAUUAUGCAAUAGUUAUUUUCAUCAAUUAAUUAUCUUCAUUCUAUGGGAAUAGCUCAUAGAGAUUUGAAACCAGAAAACGUUUUAUUUGCUUCUAAAGAGAAAGAUGCACCUAUAAAAGUUAUAGAUUUUGGUUUGAGUAAGAAAUUUAGAAAUAUUAAUCAAAAAAUUUAGAGAAUGAAUAGUAAAGUAGGAACUCCAAUUUAUGUUGCACCUGAAAUAAUAGCUGGAGAGUAAUAAAAUAGAUUUAAAUUAUAGUUAUUCUUUUUAAUGUGAUGAAUGGUCUUUGGGUUGCAUCAUGCAUGUAUUACUUUGUGGUAAUCCACCCUUCUAGGCUAAGAAAUUAGAUAUGUUAGAAACUAAAAUAAAACAUUCUGAUAUUGAUUUCUCUUUUUCUGUUUUUGAACAUAUAUCUCAAGAUGCUAAAGAUUUGAUUAAAAAUUUAUUAAUAAAAUAACCUAAAAAGAGAAUAACAUGUGAAUAGGCAUUAGAACAUUAAUGGUUUAAAAAUAUGAAAUAAAGUUCUCAUUAAUAACAAUUGUCUAAUAAUUAACAUUAAAAAAUAAUCAGAUUAUUACAUACUUAUGCUAAUUCAUCUAAAUUAAAAAAAGAAACACUUAAAAUAUUAAUAAAUUAACUUACAGAAAGUUAAAUUUCUUAAUUAAAGAAUGUUUUUGUAUCUUAUGAUAAAGAUUGCAAUGGCACAAUAUCUAUUUAAGAACUUUUAUAAAUUAUGUCAAAUCUAGGAUUUAAGGAAAGUGAAGAAGAACUUGUUUAGAUGAUUAAAAAAUUUAAUAAUAUCCAUCCUUUUAAUGAUGAUAUUACUUAAGAUACAUAAAUUACCUAUACUUCAUUUUUGAGUGCUUUAGUAAAUUGCAAAAGUUAUUUAAAUAAAGAAAGAUUAUGGAAUCUAUUCAAAUACUUUGAUAGUGAUAAUAAAAACUUUAUUACUAUUGAAGAUGUGAGAAAAGCCUUUGAAAGGGAAGGAAGGCAAUUAUCUUAAUCAAAAUUGGUUUCCUUAUUUUCAGAAAUACUAUAAAAUGAGGAACAAAAAAUUAUAGAUUUUGAAUAAUUUUGUCAAAUGAUGUAAGAUAAUCUAUAUAACAGUAAUAAUGAUAGUAAAAAUUUAGAAAAAGAAUUAGAUUGUUUUGAAAAUUGA